GACAUCGAGAGGGGGCACAGUCCGAAGAAGAUUCAAAGUGCAGUUGUGGGUGGGCAAGCUCUGUGUGCCCCACAUAUUAGAUUUCUGGAACAGAAACCGGAGGCAGGUGGAGGACGGACGAACAAGCCGUAGGGUCUGAACCGGCUCAGGCCCCAGCAUGAAGGUGUAUUGGGCAUAAGCUGAGGACCGACAGGGUUUCGGUUUCUCUUGCAGCAUGACCCGUUCUACAAAUGUCUUUGUUUGCACUGUGUGGCUAUCUGGUUUCAGUGGGUCGCGUUUACUGGCAGUUAUUUUCCCGGUUAAAAAAGGAAGCGCACAAACCAAUUUCUGAAAAUCUCCCGUACAUUCUUCGCAUCGGAAAAGCCCUGCUUCUUGGGUUCAUAAAGUCUCUCUGGCAGAAAUUCGGAGGUCAACAUGCAGCCACAGGGGAACAACUAGGUGGGGAAAACACACUUACGGAGCAACUGGAUGGGGAAGACAUACCAGAUUCACCCCAGAUCACUUCACUGCGGGAAUGGAUGCUCCGUAUAUGGCAGGAACUCAGCAAUGAGCCGGAAAUCAACAGCAUGGUACAAAGUGUCGCUGGUGAAGACCCACUCAGAGCGCUGGCUGAAGUCUCUGAGCACACGUUUGCCACUGGGAUCAACUGGGGCCGGAUCGUCACUUUCUUCUAUUUUACAUACAGAGUAAUUGCCCAGUCUAGUCCCGACUGGUUCUCUCGUGUGAUUGAUUGGGCCAUGGGCUUCUUACAAGAGCGCCUGGCUGUCUGGAUCGAGCAGCAGGGAGGCUGGACUGCUAUGUUUCGCUACAACCCUUUUUCAAGAUAGAGGAGAGAGAUUGUGGAACAUCACCAACAUUACAUUCUAGUGCAUUUGCACGCCUGGGAGGAUAGACUGUUACUGGAGACACCUGGGUUGAAAUCCCUGUUGGCCACAAAGUCUCUAUCUCUCAGCCUAACUUACAUGGUUUUUGUGAGGACAAAAUGAAGGGAAGAAUCAUGUAUACUGGGAAAUGUGUGAUUUUUAUUUUUUUUUUAAAGUUAAAUACAAAAAAUAUCUUGAUAUCCUU